ACCCGCCAUUCCCCCUUCCUCCCCAUUCCCCUUUCCUUCCUAUCCCAAAUCCCCUUCCAAUUUUCCGGGAAAAUCUCCACCGUCUGUCCAAUUAUCCCGGCAAAUUCGAGACUUAUCAAAUUCUCCAUGUAUAUUUCCUGAUAACUCUUCUUGUUUUUUGAUAACCAGGUGGCCGGCGGUUGCGUGCACCUUGACAAAUCUCGGGAUUCUAAAGUUGACGACCGGGGCAAAACCCAAAAAAAGAUUAAGAACACCAUUUUGAACAUGAGACGUUAGGAGGGACCAAACCUUAAGUGCCAGACUUUGAUUGCGCUGGACCAAUCCUUGGGGUUAUACUUCUUGACGAUUUAAAGUGUUCAGACCAGUUUGUGUGCCUCUUGACUGAUGGCGGAUUCGGACAACGAGUCGGGAGGGCAGAGCGGGGCGAACAGCGAGCUGUCGGCAAGGGAGCAGGACAGGUUCCUGCCGAUCGCGAACGUGAGCAGGAUAAUGAAGAAGGCCUUGCCGGCGAACGCGAAGAUAUCCAAGGACGCAAAGGAGACGGUGCAGGAGUGCGUGUCGGAGUUCAUAAGCUUCAUCACGGGGGAGGCGUCGGACAAGUGCCAGAGGGAGAAGCGGAAGACGAUCAACGGCGACGACCUGCUGUGGGCCAUGACGACGCUGGGGUUCGAGGAGUACGUGGAGCCGCUCAAGGUUUACCUAGCCAAGUAUAGGGAGAUGGAAGGGGAGAAGACCGCCGGUACUGCCGGCGGAGGGAAGGAAGGAUCCUCCGGCGGUGGCGGCACCGGCGGAGGAGGAGGGUUUAAUGGUGGUGGUGGUGGUGGGAUGUACGGAGGGAUGCAGCAGGGGGGUAUGAUGAUGAUGGGGCAGCAGCACCAUCAGGGACCGAUGUACGGCGGAUCGGGUUAUCAGAGGUCACGGUAGGUGGCGGCGGCGGCGGUGGCGGAGGAGUCCGAUUUUAUGCACCCGCUCUGGUGUAAUAGUAUUACUAGUAUUCAUGUGAAAACAGUUGAACUCACCUCUCCAAGUGGCUGUACAAAUUUGUAUUGGAGUAAGAAUGCAUGGCAGUGGGUUAAUCUCAGACCACUCCUAAAUUAUUUAGGCCUAUUUUUUUUUUUUUUUUGCCUUUUUUUUUUUUUUUUUUUUAACAACGUUUUUGCGUAAUUUGUUUACCAGAUUCAUAGAGCUGUUUGUAUGUUCUUUGUUUUUUGUUUUUACAACUUCUGUGAAUUUCAAGGGGUAAAUGUGUAAUUGUGACAAGAAAAAUGGGGAAAUUAGAAUGGCCAUGUCAUACAGAGUGGUAACUAAUUAAUUGGAAAGAUUUUGUUGCUUU